AUGAUCUUCAUGAAUGUAAAACGUGGUCACAGAAGGGUGCUUCAAAGAGAGAUUGCAACUGUAAAAGGCAUUCCCCGUGAUCAGCCACUUGUUACCAACGUUAUGGGAACAACUUACCCGCCUGAACUUAUACCCACUACCUUAAAAAUGCCCAUAAAUAUCCCCAAGCCUUACAACACUAACUACGAAUCAAUACCCACAGGAAUGACGAGCCCCCGUAGUAUGAACAGUGGUAUGGGUGGCACAACCACAACCACAACCACUAGUAUGGGUAACAAUAACGGUGGCAGUGGUAACAGUGGUAGCACCAGUGGUGGUAGUAGUUCUCCAAUCACAUCUCUCCGUUCUCGACUUGGAAAACCUCUAGACAACAAUGUAAAUAGUAUUCGAAACAUCACAAAUGGUACUAGUGACAACCAAAUCAGUAGCAGUAUAUCCUCCAAUGACGAUGAUGAUUCUAUCGACACCAACGAAUCUGUACCCGCCAAAAGAAAAUACAGACGUCAUGCUAAACCCGAUAGAAACUCUCCAAUCAAACCACCAUCGGCCUACAUCAUGUUCUCCAAUGACGCACGUACCGAGUUGAAAAAUCAAAACCUUUCCUUUGCCGAAUUGGCCAAAAUAGUUGGCGAUCAAUGGAAAAACCUAAGUCAUAUUGAAAAGCAAGCUUAUGAAAGAAUGGCUAUGCGAGCCAAAGAUGAAUACUUGGCUUCUCUAGAACAAUACAGACAAACUGCCAACUAUAAACGCUAUCAAGAAUACUUGGAUGACUUCAAGUCCAAGCAAGACGCUGCCAAUCGAUUGAUCGGAAGAGCUCGAAAGAGAGCUAAGCAAAAGUCACCUGGAAGCGGUAGUAUAGCUGAUUCCAGUUCUAAUGGCAAUUGUAAUAGUAGUGGUAGCUCCGGUAGUGGUUCCGCUGAUGCCUACGGUGACAAAGAAAGUGUCAUUCGUCGACAAAAGAGAUCUACAUCCGAUCAAAUCAUUCCUACCAAUAAUAACACGAGUACCAAUGGUCAAGAUAAACCUGCGAAUCAAUUAAGACCCAUUCAAAAUCAACAACAGUCCUCUGAUAGUGGUUAUACCUCGCAGACUUAUUAUAACUCUAAUAAUUCCUUCUCAUCGAAUCAACAACAACCACCGCAACAACAACAACAACAACAACAACAACAGUGGAGUGACCGUUCAAAUCAAAUCAUGAGAGGUAUGUUGCCUGUUGAAUUCAUACAGUCAUCACAACCUGAAAAUAACGAGGAAGAUGACUGUACAAAGAGACGAAGCCCGCGUUUCAACAAAUCAACUAUGCAAACAUAA